GUAUACAGCUUGAAUGUUGACAGACGUUGGUUGCCUAAGCAGGCAAGUGCGAGCCAGUUCCUGCAGCCAACGAGAAGGUAGAAUCAUUCUCUGUGUGGUAUCAUGAGUCGCGGGACUCCCCAUCUCGUUGGAUAUGAGGACUUGAGUUACAAUGAUUCCCUUGUUGGGAACAACUCCAGGAACGGGGUCAACUCCAAGACGACCUGUUUGCCUGCAUCUGACAAGGCUGCCACCAGCUUCCUGCCCAGCCCACCGCCGUCUCGGUCAUCCACUAGAACUUCGCAUGGGGGGUCGAUGAGCUCCCCACUUGCGGUGAACGGCCAAGCGGCUGAGAUUCGUACUUGCUCUCACUGCCGCAAACAGUUCCAUCGUCUCUGCGACCUCAACAAGCACGCCAGGUCUCACACCCGGCCGUUCAAGUGCACCUUUCCCAAGUGCAAGUAUCGUACGCUUGGCUGGCCAACACGGAAAGAACUUGAGCGGCAUAUCAACGAUAAGCACGCCUCUACGCCGCAAACCUAUCCUUGUCUUUUCCAGCCAUGUGCGUACCGGUCCAAGCGUCGGUCAAAUUGCAAGCAACAUAUGGAAAAGACUCACGGGUGGAUCUACCUACGGAGCAAAUCCAAUGCUAAGAGGCUCUCAGGCUGCACGAUGGGUGAGAGCGAUGCAGAAACGCCCAAAGGAGUGACGGGAACAGGACCCGUCAUCGCUUCUCAUAAUUCGACCAAGGGGUCCGUGGCCCUCAAAGCUGGAUGCGACUUCCUCCUCUUUCCCGAUGAUUCCGAUCUCUCUGCUGCUCCUGGCCAAGACAGCGAUGGGGAUAAUGAGCUCUUAGAUUUGGAUACCCAGGACGCCCAAGACAACCAGGUACUCAUCCCUUGGACCUCGCCGAAUACCCGUCUCCGAACGAACGUUACCUUCCUUCGGCGCUUCAGUCAAGCUUACGAACCUUCCGACAAGUCGGCCAAAGACGAUCUCCCAAUCGACCCUCGUCUGGCUCAGGUUACCCACAACCUAGACUCACCGUCUGCGAUUGUGGUUAAUGACCUCGAGCUAUCCUGCAAUAAGGGUAGCGAGGCGCUUGCUGCCGCGGUCGACGGGUCGACGGAAACGUACUCGUCUAACAGCGGUUACAGAGCUCGCCGCUCCUUUCCGUCCUGCCACUCUGAGCCAGUUUUCGAUGUCUCUCAGGAAGGAUCUGUCCGCGAAAGGGCCGGAGGGGCGGCUGCGCCUUCUCAAAGCCAUGUCACCGCAAGCAGCAGUGCAGCUCCUUCCGGGUCAGAUAAUCGCGCCAGUCAAAAGGCAGCCUUGCGUCCCUUGGGUCUAACGCCACUCAAGCAAACUGACGGUGACGAAGAUGACGGAGACCGCCCUAGGAAGCGCUCGAAGCCGUCACCGAAAGUCGAGUUCAAGGACACUGAGAUGCCGGACAUCUUCCAGUCAGCCCAUCCGCUGAUCUACAAUCGAGUCAACAAGGCACUGUAUAGUUCGUGCCAUUCGACACAUAAAGAUAUAUCCACCCUUGUGCGGCACCUUGGUCGGGCACCUCAUAAACUUCAGGUCCAUGAAAGAUUCAUAUCUUCCUUCGAAGUUCGUGAUGAAGGGCACUGCCAUGCAAAGGUAGGCAUUUGCAGGCGGUGUUGGAGGCGUUUUCAUGACCGUGAUGCUUUCAAUAGCCAUAUCGCGAUUGAAUGCGAAAAGAUCUCCAGGGGCAAGAAGGAGAAAUGGAAGAUUCUUUUCGACACCUUUACGCCCAUCGUGGGAUUCGCAACUCCUGGUCAGUCUGACGAAUCUGGUAUGCCCGAGAGUCACCUCCACAGCUCCUCAUCUGGGCCGCCGAUCGAUACCAUGCAGCAGCAACAUGGGGUCAAACCCUGCAACGAACUGGAUCCCGCAUCACCCGCCGCCUCGGGCCCGCCUCCAACGACGGUAGACCUAAGCCAGCCGGUGGCUUCCCAACAUCUCAACGAUGGUGACUUUGUUCCAAUGUCCGAGUAUCGUCGUCUCUGUGCGGAAUUCCAGUCCGUGAAACGGUUGGUGGCAGCCAUCAUCCUCCAAGGGGGCCGCCAUGCUGCAUUGGCGCCAUCUCACCAAGCAACCCUGAGCAUCAUCAAUCCCGAUAUUUCCCGGCUGAGUAACUGGCCCGCUUCGAUGCCACAAAACACGCCCGUGGAUGCGCCGGACGGAGAUGCCGAUGAGGCCGUCAAGAAUACCUCUAAUCGCCCACCAGAUCGGGAGAGUCUGGUCGGGCACAUGAACUCUCAGUCUACCGACGUCGAUCCCCAGGGUCUGAUGGAGGAGGUGAAUGAGAGCUUAUCCCGAAAGAAUUCAGGGUUAAGCUCCUACCGGUCUACCGUUCGCCAUGUGCCAAAUAGUCCGCCGACUCGUUUCGAGCCUCACGAAACUGGGAACGCCACGACACCAACCCGAGAUGGGCAACAGAAUGGAUCGCGUGGACAGCCCACAUCCAUCCCCGACUCCGGCUAUGGAAGUGACAAGAAGAUAGGCAACAUUGGCGAAGCAGAGCUGGCCGAGCGUUUCAGAAAGGUGUCUCCCCGGCCCGCGAGCCCUCAAAUGCCGGUGCCUCGUCACCAUCACCAUAAUACGAACACGUCAGGGGUCCAUAAGCCGCUGCCGCAGGACCAUCACGAUGGGGGAGGUCAGAGGGGGCCAGCAACGAAUCCGGAUCCCGUCAUGCCAGUGCCUUCGUGGAACCCGGAGCCCGGUAUACCGAUGCCGGUGUGGGAGCCAGACCCGACUUUCGUUGAUGACUUCGUCCCGGACCCUUUCCCUCCUUUUGGCUCUGGGGACGAGGAUUUUCAGUUUCCUGGCUCUCCUGGUUUUGAUAGCCAUGGUUUCUGAUUGGAAGUCUGGGUGAGGAAUACUUGUUGAUUCACAUAGAUUUCCUUCUUUUGGAUACUUGUUUGAUUUAUUCCCUUCGAUGUAUGAUUGUUCAGCAAUAAGCCAACUAU